CCUGACCGCAGCAGACGCCAGUGAAAGACGCAAACGUUCAACAAGGCAUCUAAUCACCGCCCUGUAAUAACAGAUUCGAGCAACCUAGACCUAGCCUGAAGCAUUCGGAACUAAUCAAUGAUCAUUGUGUUUGUUUGAACGGAUCCACGGCGUGACCGCGGCCAGAUGACUAGACCAAUGGCAAUUGCAUUAAUGCUUUUACCAGAAUGCUCUCACGUCGUGGUAUACCAUCAGAGUUUUUGGCGCCUGUCGCACAGCAGUACAGUUGCACUGCUUUCCUGACCUUUACCUUAUAAAACCUCGAGAUUGUUACUUCUCGGUAAACCACAUACCAUCACCACAGAUGCUAUUCACCCAGUCGAAUGCGCAACGCAAGUUCAUGGAUCUCAUAUUCGAGAGAACCACGAAGUAUCCGAACUGGGACCCACCCGCAGAGAUUCCAGUUGGGUCAUACGGAAAGAUCGAUAAAGCCACGGGCAAUUUUAUCCCCAAAGGUUCCAUCUACUCCAACGAUUUCCAGUCGCUUCUCCGCCGUGUAGGCAUCGACCCCGAGUCUGACGAACAUCGACCCAAGGACUGUCCGGAAGAGUCUGAAUUCACUGCUUGGUCGAAAAAUGUCAGAAGAUUAGAAUUGAACGUCGAAUCUCACGCAGGUGUGCCUGGGAUUGCUACAGCUACUAUCAAAGGAACAUGGCAGUUCAGAAGGGGAACCACUGGCGCUAUCUUGAUCAUGAAUAAACCUCGGAUAAAAACCAUUUCUCAAGACGUUCUUGGGAAGCUCUCCAGCAUCGAGUUCCUCAAGUCGGUUCAUCUCGUUAUCAAGGUUUUUUAUUGUCCUGCCUACACCUUGUACCUCUCAGAUAAAAGCGGAGAAAAUAUCAACAUUGCUCUGUUAUCUUCCGCCCCCGUUGUAGCGCCCCUGGGCACUCUUGGUGCGACGGCCGAGGUGAAAUGGUGGAGUGACGCACAAGCUGGAUUGACACGCAGCGGGAGCAUGCCGGACCAUUGCUUCACUCCUUUGUAUGAACUUAAGCAUCCCAGGUAUUCCCGCGCUGGUAGGCGGUCAUCAAUAUCCCCCGAACGCACAGGCGAAGAUUUAUGGGUUACCCCACACCUCCCGUGGACGUCUCUUGAUGAAGAUGGUCAAGAGCCGCCGGUGUUCAUCGACAAUGAUCAGGAUUCCAGUGACUCUGAAGAAGAGUCAGGCCUUUAAGAACUCGGUGAAUGAUCAUUGGCAACAAUACCUAGAUACCAACUCGUUUUCUAUGCUACAGAUAUUGACAUGUUUGUGCUGGUAUUCAUGAUGAGCUUGCAUGAUAUAUCUGUAGCACCAACCACAAGCAUUGUAGCUAGCUCUCAUUCGCACUACACAUGAUACCUUGGAAUACUCACGAUAUCCAAUCAAGAAAGAGACAGGGAAUUUCUAUAUUUAUAUCCCACGGAAUCUGUUAAGACGCGUCAGUGCCUCUGAGCUGUCCUAGGGGAUAGCAUACGAGAAAAGGGAAAAAGUUAUAGUGCGAAUAGCCAGUAGAAUCUGUUCUCGACAUUGGCUUGCACUUAGCAUGUGAAUCACUUGACGAUACUUCUAGGUAAAAUGUAAUCGUUAUGUAGGGUCUAACAUUCGCAUUAUUCAUUGGGCUUGCAUGAUU